AUGCUGACCUUUGGAACCAGGCUGGAGACCGUGGAGGGCAAGGUCAUGGCGAUAGAUUCUAGCAUUUGGAUAUACCAGUUUCAAGCAACCAUGAGAGAUAAAGAAGGCCGUGGACUCGUAAAUGCGCACGUCCUUGGCUUUCUACGACGAAUCGCGAAACUCCUCUUCUACGGCAUCAAACCGGUCUUUGUGUUCGACGGAGGGGCACCAACGCUUAAACGGGCGACCCUGAACGAGAGAAGGAGAAAGAAGAGCGGGGCUGCCGUGAGCCAUAUUAAAUUGGCAGAGAAGCUCCUCGCCGCACAAAUGCGACGGGAAGCGCUGAACCACGCAAAGGGAAAAGGGAAAGCCUCUGCCGACGUGCCUCCCGAGGAAAUGGUAUACCUGGAAGACCUUGAACCAGGUGCUCCCAGGACUCCGCCUCGCCCAAAGCCCGUCAGCACGCCCUCGUCGAGCACCAAGAAGAAGAGCAGGUUCCAUGACCACGACCCGUACAAACUCCCAGAAGUCGACCUUGAGGCUGUGGUCCAUAAAUUGACCCAGACCUCUGCCCCAGAUCCUCGACUCGCUACAGAGGAGGAACUUCGGACCUUCAUCGAAGAGAUGCGCCCGGAAGAUUUCGAUCUUAAUUCACCUGCGUUCCGAGAACUGCCCACAGAAAUCCAAUACGAAAUCGUUGGAGACCUCCGUCUCAAAUCGAGGCAAACAUCAUUUGCGCGUUUGCAAAAGAUGCUGUCCGCCUCGCGCACUCCUCUGGACUUUUCCAAACAGCAAAUUGAGAACCUACGACAGAGGAACGCGCUGACGCAGCAAUUGCUAAUUACGACGGACAGCAUUGGAAGCGCCCAUAUCUCUAUCCCAGUUCGCAUUGCCAGCGAAAGGAACAAGGAGUACGUCUUGAUUAAGAACGACGAUGGUUCGGGGGGAUGGAUCCUAGGCGUCAGAGAUCCGACUGGAAACAGCAGAGAUAAACCUAUAGAAAUUGACCAGGACGAAGUGAAAGAAGAAGAAUCCGGCGAUGAUGAUAUGGAGGAAGUUGAAAUACCUUCCAUACCAACGGUCGAUCCUGAUCUACGCGAGUGGCAGAGAGAGAACACCUUGGAUGCACUCUCGAAGCGUCGCACCGACAAAGGCCUCGAACCUCUUCGUACCACCAAGCCCGCAACCAUCCGCAAACCCAAGGUCAACUCCACUCCCCUAUUCGAAAUGCACGAGAGCGAUUUUUCGGACGGUGAGCUCCCUCAGGCCCUGGUCCAAGAAGGGGACGAAGAGGAUUUAGUUGCCUUCGCUAUCCAAGAGUCCUUUGACAAUGCUAAGAACAAUAGCAACAGACCGGCCACCCCAAGUCAACCUAUCGCAAGCUCAAGCUCGGUUAAGCUGGACUCCUGCCCUCAUUCGUCAUCCAAUCCUAAGACACCAAGUCGCUCAGCAAGUAGACAGGAUCAAUCUCGACAAGACGAUGAUGAAUACUUCGCUACAGCCAGUCGAUUGCAAACCGCGCUCCGGUUUGCACAUUCGCAUUCGGCGACAUCACCAUCGCUGUUUGGCAGGCAGGGUUUACUUUCCGAGAAGCGUUCCCCUUCUAAAUUGAUUGUACGCGUUGAAAGUGAGUCGGACGACGACGACAUGGAGCCUGUGCCUAUACCCUCGGGCGAGGAGGUGGUCGAGCCCAGUGCUGCAAAGUCCACGACCCUAGCUGCAAUAGAGGGAGAAGAUGUUGCUGCCUCCGGUAGCGUGCUCCAUCGCCACGAAAUCCCUGGGCCAAAAGUCGCACCCGACAGGCGUCCUCGUCCAAGCAUCCCUCCGUCUGAAAAGGGCCCUUCCAUGUUUAGACCGACAGGUUUAUUGCAAGCCGAGCAAUUCGUUCAGAGGAAUACGUCACCUUCACCCUCUUCGUCCGUCCCGGUACUUCCAGCCCAGUCCAUUGUUCUCGAUGACUCGGACGAGGAGAUGGAAGAAGUGAUUACUUUGGAAAAGCUGGCCUCACCUUCUGAGGGCCAGCAGGUCUCGUUCAGUGACAACUCGUUCACACAUGACAAUUUAUCCGCGCCAACGACGAAAGAUCCCUCUCCCCAGCCCCUUUUUGUCCCUUCCACUCGAUCACCAUCGCCUUCUCGUCCCGUUUCUCCCCAACCCUAUCCUAUGGUUGUCACAAAUGAAGAAGACCAUGACGACCAUCCACCUGAAGAUGAACAUCCUCCGGAACACGAACAGGAAUUCGACGCGGCCGACCUCCACGCUGAAGAGGGUGAAUUCGCCAAGUUUGUUUCUCAGGUCAAGGGUCGAGAUCUGGACAGUGUUCGCAGGGAAAUAGACGAGGAGAUUGCUACCCUUAAUCAACAGAAGAGAAAUGCGAUGAGAGAUGCAGAGGACGUGAAUCAGCAGAUGAUAAGUCAGAUCAUGACAAUGCUGCGGCUGUUUGGAAUUCCAUACAUAACCGCUCCAAUGGAAGCCGAAGCCCAAUGUGCCGAGCUCACAUCCCUCGGAUUAGUUGAUGGUGUUAUAACCGACGAUUCAGAUGUCUUCCUCUUUGGUGCUUCCCGCGUCUUCAAGAACAUGUUCAACCAAUCGAAGACCGUCGAAUGUUUCCUGCUUUCUGACCUCGAGCGUGAACUUGGGCUGGAUAGGGACACACUCAUCCAACUCGCUUAUUUGCUAGGUAGCGAUUAUACAGAGGGCCUGGCAGGCGUGGGACCGGUGGUGGCUAUGGAACUGGUCAGGGAGUUUCCCGGUAAGGAUGGGUUGUGGAAGUUCAAAGAGUGGUGGACGAAGGUGCAAACGGGAAAGGAUGGCGAUGAGAGUAACACAAAGUUCAGGAAGAUGUUUAAGAAGAGAUUCAAAGACCUCUAUAUCGCACAAGAUUGGCCUAACACCGCUGUGCGCGACGCAUACUACCACCCGACCGUCGACUCCUCUGACGAACCCUUCAAGUGGGGACUUCCCGACCUAGACGGCCUCCGCGCGUUCUUCAAUUCAGAACUAGGCUGGCCUCAGUCGAAAGUAGACGAACUCCUCCUGCCCAUCAUUCAAAAGAUGAACAAACGCUCCCAGACCAACGCACUCAACAAGCAAGGAAACUUGACCGAUUUCUUUGGUGUAGGAGGUGGGAGUGGGACGAUCGCACCGAGGCAGAGGCAGGCCUACGCGAGCAAGAGGUUACAGCAGGUUGUGAGUGAGUUUAGGAAGAAGAGGGGGCUGCAGCGGGAGAAGAGCAGAGGUGUGAGCGUUGGAAUGGACAGCGGAGCCGAGGAAGGUGAAGGAGAGAGUGAGGGUAGUGGGCCUUCGAAACCGGUCAGGAAGAGGAAGAGGACCACGACACCUGGAAAUUCAGCUGCUGGCAGCAAGAAAAGAAAGCAGGCUUCCAAAGCUCCGAAAGGCCCUCGUGGGACCAAAGGGAAGGGGAAAGGAAAGGCGACGGCUGUUGCGACCAGUGACGAAGAGGAGGGCGGAAGCGAAACAGGAGCAUCGGAGGAUGCUUUUGAAGAGCCUAAUGUCAAUAUAGAAGUCCCCCUCAAGGUGGAGUUGCGUGCCCGUCCCAAACCUCGACCGCGAGCGCGACGACCUCCAGAGACCGAUGAGCCAGAAGCAUCCAUGGACGUUUGA